AUGGAUCAGAUGAUGGGUGACGGGGGCCGGUUCCCCCUUGAGACGUGGUUUUGGGAAAUGCCCAUAUGCACUCGAUGGUGGACGACAGCCACCGUCCUCACCAGCGCACUCGUCCAGUGUCAAAUGGUCACCCCCUUCCAGCUAUUCUACAGCUUUCGUGCUGUCUUUGCAAAGUCACAAUACUGGCGUCUUCUGACCACCUUUCUGUACUUCGGCCCCUUUUCGCUCGACCUGUUGUUCCACGUAUAUUUUCUCCAACGCUAUGCCCGUCUCCUCGAAGAGUCCUCCGGCCGCUCUCCAGCCCAUUUCUCGUGGUUGCUUGUCUACUCUAUGACGAGUCUUCUGCUCCUCUCGCCAUUGGUAUCGAUGCCUUUUCUCGGCCAUCCUCUGUCAUCUACUCUUGUCUACAUCUGGUCGCGACGCAACCCCGACACGAGACUGAGCUUUCUAGGCCUGCUAGUCUUCACCGCUCCUUACCUACCUUGGGUUCUCAUGGCUUUCAGCCUUAUUCUGCAUGGCUCUAUUCCUAAAGAUGAGAUUAUGGGUGUUGUCAUCGGGCACAUCUGGUAUUUCUUCUCCGACGUGUAUCCACCCUUACACAAUGGCUCACGUCCAUUCGAUCCCCCAACUUGGUGGAGACGGCUUUUCGAGCGGCGACCGACGGAGGAAACGACAGAUGGGAUUAACAACGAUAUUGUUGUCGCUGGUGGUCCAGAACUCGCGGCCGACGUCCGAUGA